ACGAUAUUGAUGGGAAGUGUAGGUGAUUUAUACCUGAGGCAUCAGGACUGAAUACAUGCAGAAUGGCUUCGGAGUCAGAAGAGCUUCGACAGCUCGGCAACGUCUUGUACAAGCAAGGCAAGCUCUACGAAGCUAUUAAACACUAUCGGGAUGCAGCCAAAGCCGAAGCAUCGAAUGUGAUAUCUGACUGAAACUCUUGGCAGGUUGACAAAUCAGGAGUAUUACCAUAUCGGUCACGACGAGCAACAGAGCAACUUCAAGCCGAUAGAUGCUAAACAAGAAAAGACUGCUUAUCUUUUCGCUGGUAUUGGUGAUGCACGCCAUCUGCACGGUACCUGGAUGAAAAUCCACGAGCAUGAGAGGAAGCAAGCUGAGAAACCAACUGCCAAAUAUCACUUUACGAUCAUCGACACCAAAGCAACGGUGAUUGCGCGAGCGUUGAUCAUCUUUCUACUCCUGGAAGAGCUCUCUGACACCUCGAACAUGUCGACCGAUCAGCGUGAAGAAAUCCUCGGAACGUUGUUCUACGUGUACAUCAACCACAUCAUGCCACCCAAAGCAUGGCAGAAGCUCCAGUCAACCAUAUCGCAGGCCAUUGAGUUGCUUGGCCAACCGAUAGCAACAUUUACCUGGUUCGAUAUCCUCCAGAAAGACCGUAAUGCUAUUAGGAAUGCUCUCGUCUUGUGGCAGCACCAAACCGCAAAGGACUGGCCAACUAGCGAGUUCCGCAAAAGAAUGCUACUGGACACAAUGAAGCAGAUGAUGAACCCAUAUGCUACAGGUGAUAAAAUCCCCACUCCUAAGGGUUGCAAGAAAGAUGCAGUGCUGUACCAGAAGGCUUGCAUAGUGACACCCCCACCCUCAUUCCUUCAAGAUGACCCUCUAAAUUUGAAGGAAGUAAUGGCGUCCAAGAAUUUUCCGAAAAACAUCACCGAUGCUUUGCUUAAUAAGAUCGACAACACAUGGAUGCCAAAUGUCACUCUUAUCGAUACUGGUCAUCUCAAGCAGUUUCUCAUGACUUCAGGCUCGAAGGCCAUGGCAGAGAUUGAUUUGUCAACCAACAUCAUUGAUCAGUGGAGUGGCUAUCUCUGGCCGAAACCAGCGAAUCCAACUUGUCUGUAUGACUAUGCCGUGGACUAUUUCACCAAAGUAGCGGCUGCUCUCCAUCACCUGAAGGGACGCAUAAGGGUCGAACCAAUCUUGGGUGAGAUGGAUGAGAUCUUCGAGAAGAUUCACCUGGAUUUCUACCCAGACCGCUUGAACAAGCCAGUGCUAGGUCAGGAAGAAUCUGGGAUGCCAGUCUCGACCACAGAAGACUAUCCGAAAAUAUUCGACCGGGUUCAUCUUUCCAACGUCCCCGACUACACUGGUGGAACCUUGGGAGCUUUCUUGUUCGCUGCUCCCAUUACGCCGGUCACAAAAGAUUUCAAAGCACAAUUCUCCUUCACUUGCUUGAGAAAUCCGCCUGCCUUUAAAGAUGUCGACGAGUUCAACAGCGAGUAUUGCUUGCUUCCGGAAAUGUCAAUGAUUGCAAAGAUCUUCCUAUGUGUCAGGAGACCUUGCAUUUCGGAGAGUAUGCCAUUACCUGCCUUCAUGCAGAUGCAGGGCUUGAUUGGUAUGGGAUACUUUGAAUGGUCCAAGCAAGCUGAGAUUGUGCCUUUCCCGAGCCUUCUCGACCGUCCUACUAUCACCUCCUGGAUUCACGGUCUGCUAUUGAAGACUGCCAUUCCUAAAGAAAGACAGGUGCCCGCCAUGACAUUGAUCAACUCACCGUUCAACUUGACUGUCCUCUUCCGAGUCAUCAUGCAUCUCAGAAAGGUCGGCUACCCAAGCCACUGGCUCUCUGAAAUUUUGGGAACUAUCAUUGGAGGUACGAUCGAUACAAAAGCAUUUCCUCAGAAGUCUGUUCCGUUCUCGGUCAAGGACUCAAAGCAGCUGUUUGACAAGUCUCGCCCACUGAAAAGAUUUUCGAUCAAGCCAUUCAAUGCCGAGCUGACUACGCUUACUUCCAUUGGGCUUCCUGCUCUUGGAUUCGGUCUUCUCCAAGGAAACGAUGUCCUUCCAGACCACAGCUCGAUCCGUAAAUACUCGGCCACAUUCAAUCAUAUCAACUGGGAUAUGGGCUUCGAGUCGUCGUUCGUUCUCGUCUUUAUCGACAUGGAUAUUGCCACUCCGACUGGCCCUCGCCCUAUCAUUCCGCUACGUCUGCUACUUCUGAACAAGGAAGAUCAGCUAAAGAAUGCACUACAACGUCCUCGUGACGUUCGAGAAAAGGGGUUGCAUAUCGUGACGACAUGGCAGUUUGAGACCGAGACCAAAACUGGUAGCUUCUGGAUGCGUGAGGAUAUCAUGAAGCGAGUCAUGGAUAGAAGAAAUGGCUGGCAUGCUUGUAUCUGGAGAGUCGAUAGAUGGGACAUUGUCGGACAGCCCGUGAAAGCUGCUACUGGCGGUGUGAAAGACUUGGGUAUCUCUUGGGCUGACUAGAUUUGAGACACAGGCUGAAGGACGCACCUUUGGGCAUAUGUCGUUCGUUGUAUUUAUUCAGCAACAUAGGAUUUCAAGACGACUUCCUGGAAUUUCAAACCAAAGCGUCUUUCAUUGCUUAGUCCUUGUAACAAGUAUUCAUGAUGUUGGUGUCUCGAUAUUCGCUAGAGCC